AAUCUGAUACCCAUAAUGGAGUUUUUCAACAAUGCCAAAGCUGUUAGACUUAAGAGUCACUUGGACAAGUACCUGUUGGCCGAUGAUGACGAACAAACUGUCCGGCAGAGCCGCAAUGGCUCCUCGAAAAAGGCUCGCUGGGCGGUCGAAUUGGUGGAAGGAAAUCCUCACCUCAUUCGACUACAGAGCUGCUUUGGGGGAUACCUGACAGCUUCUGACGAGCCUUUACUUCUUGGGGUGACAGGUAAAAAGGUGAUACAAGGAAUUCCGGAGUCGAAGAAAGAUCCUUGUAUCGAGUGGGAGCCCAUAAAAGAAGGGUAUAAAGUAAAGCUAAGAACAAAAUCAGGGAAGUUCUUGAGGGCAAAUGGUGCAGCACCUCCUUUCAGGAACACCAUAACUCAUGAUAUCCCCCAUAGAACUGCAACACAAGACUGGGUUUUGUGGGAAGUGGAUGUGGUGGAGAUCUCUAUUGUGGAGUUUGAGCAUUUACAGAGUUGCGAAUCAUCGCCUUUAUCCAGUUUUGCUUGGUCACCGGAUGAAUUUUCCGAUUCAUUCACUCCGUCAGUGCCCUCCAGUGCUGCAGUCUCUCCAAAUUAUCAAGCGGCAAUCUCCUCCGACACCCAUUGGCCAUCAGUUGCAUCAAAUACUUCUGGAUUCGCAAGUUGCAGACAGGGCGGAAUGGGGUUCUUUGACAAGGCUAAAGCGGUCAGACUUCAGAGCCAUCUUGGAAAGUACUUGGUGGCGGAUGAUGAUGAAGAAACAGUCAGGCAAAGCCGAAAUGGCUCUUCAAGCAAGGCGCGUUGGACGGUCGAAUAUGUGGAAGGAAAAAGCAAUGUAAUUCGUCUAAAGAGCUGCCACGGUCUGUACCUUACGGCCACAGAAGAGGCAUUCCUCCUUGGUGCGACUGGGAGAAAGGUACGUCAAACUCUUCCGGCUAAGAAAAUGAACUCCUCUAUUGAGUGGGAGCCUAUAAAGGAAGGAUUAUACGUGAAACUGAGAACUAGUGAAGGGAAAUUCUUGAGGGGGAAUGGAGGUCCCCCGCCCUGGAGAAACUCUGUUACUCACGACAUUCCUCAUAGAACAGCUACUCAAGAUUGGGUUUUGUGGGGCGUGGAUAUUGUGGACAUUACUUUGUCGGAUACAGCGUCGCUCUCGAGUAGUUUAUCAGCUUCAUCAACCUUUUCUUCACUCCAAGAUGGUUAUUCGCCUUCGCCUGACAGGGAUUCACCAGUGGCCUACUUAUCCAGGAUGAAUGGAAGCGCCUUCAUCAAGCAAGCAGAGAAUGGAAAUGCGUCUGUAAAACCGAGUCCCGGAAUGGAAUUCUUCAGGAAAGCUAAAUCUGUUAGGCUGAGGAGCCAUCACCAGAAGUAUUUGAUAGCGGAACGCGAUGAGGAAACUGUGAUCCAAGAUCGUUCUGGCACAUCCAAGCACGCAAAAUGGACAGUCGAGCUUGUUGAGGGAGUUGACAAUCUCGUACGUUUGAAAAGCUGUUGUGGCAAGUACCUAACAGCAAUAGAUGAUCAAUUCCUUCUUGGCAUGACGGGCCAAAAAGUUGUUCAAAGUUUGCCCAGAAAGUUGGACUCGAAGGUUGAAUGGGAGCCUAUUAGGGAAGGAUUUCAAGUAAGGCUCAAAACACGAUAUGGGAAUUAUUUACGUGCGAAUGGGGGAUUACCACCCUGGCGAAAUUCAGUCACUCAUGACAUCCCACAUAUACAUCAAGAUUGGAUUUUGUGGGAAGUUGAUACUAUUGAGAUACGGCCUCCGUCACCCAAGAAAGUCGAACGAUCUGAAUCAUUGGACGAAGACUUGAGCUCUUCUUCCUUUCAGCUUAGAACCCCAUCUCAACAUGAGUCAUGCGAUUCGUUUGGUGGUUCACCAGUGAAGUAUGAAGGCCGAGUAAUACAUUAUCAUGUGGCUGAUGAUGAUGGGAAUGUCGAUGAUGGGAUAGAAGGCCACUCCUUCAAUUUUAAAGGGCAAAACGUGGAGGAAUUGACUCAGAAGUUGGAGGAAGAAACAGAGCUUACAAACAUUACAGUGUGCUCAAAAAACAAAAUAAACGGGAAACUUUAUCCUCUCCGGCUGGGUCUUCCUCCCAACAAUGCAACUAUGCACGUUGUUGUAGUUCCUUCGACCUCCAGAGUUGAGCUCUCUUGACUGUGGCAAAGACAUUUUCUGGCGAUUCCUACCUCGAUUUAAGGACGAUGAUGGGAAGCAUCUUGAAAGCAUGAUCUAAGAGAAAGACGGAGGAACAUUCAUUUAAAGCUGAAGUUGUAGCAGGAGCCCGGUGACACCUUAUCUUUGGGACUGCUAGCUGGAGUUUUCAGGAACUAAAAAGAUUUUUUGAACACCCAGAUUUGCUUUUGAUGGAUAACGAUUUUAACUACUAGCUUCUGGUUGGAAGGACAUGUUUAAGCAUCUCGUAGGAGGAAUGAGAGUUGAUUUAUGUAAAUUAUGAACUAGCAGUACGCACUUAUUCUCCAUCAAAUUGGUUGAGAAAGAAAAAAGAAUGCAAAAACAUCGCAAUUUCUGGACCACAA